GCAGUUUGUGAAUCAAGAAACUGCCUUCUGCAAUAAGUGUUUGUGGUGGUAUCAUGACGAGUUUGAUCCGGAUUGUCCUAGGUCUAGUGAACCCAUGCCGGAGGGGAGAGGAGGCAGACGAGGCAGAGGGAGAGGAGCAAGAGGCAGAGGAAGAGGAGGUGGUCCGAGAGGAGCGCAGGGUCUCCGGCAGUGUCGUUGGCGGAAAUGAGGCAAGAGGUGGAUCUGUGGAAAAACACAGACAAAAGGCUAGUGUCGCACUGCCGCAUCAACGACAGCUGCUGGAUCUCCCACUAACUCUGCAGGAACUCCAGGAGGCGGUGAAGAGCAUGGCAAGGGGUAAGACACCAAGGGAUGAUGGACUACUCGUUGAAUUUUACGAAGCAACCUGGGAACAAGUGGGACCAAUCCUGCUUAGAAUUUUCAACAAGGUAUUGGAAGGAGGGAGACUGACAGAGGACAUGUACAGAGGGACAAUUACACUAGUGUACAAGAAGGGAGACAAGCAAAAUGUGAGGAACUGGAGGCCGAUCUCCCUGCUGAAUGUUGCAUAUAAGAUCCUGGCAGAAGCCCUCUCCAGGAGGUUGGCGAAGGUUCUUCCAGAGCUGGUGUGUGCGGACUACGGCGCCUUCAUGAAGGGAAGGUCUAUUGCGGAAAACAUCUUAGUCGCGAUGGGAGCACUAGAAGUGAUCAGUAAAGAGAAGAGGCAAGUAAUGGUGGCCAUGUUGGACCUGGAAAAAGCAUACGACCGUGUCAAUUGGUCGUUUGUCCUAGCAACGCUGGAGUACAUGAACUUCGGGGCUCCUUUUCCCAGCUGGAUAGAUGCAAUGUACUGUCACUCCACGGCCUCGAUGCUAGUAAAUAGAAGGCAGUCUCAGAAUUUUGAGCUCUCACGGUCUCUGAAGCAGGGGUGUCUGAUGACCCCCCUGCUGUUUGUGCUUCAAAUGGAAGUCUUCUUGAACUCCCUCCAGACAACACCCCUGGUCAAAGGUCUGAGAUUGAGAGAUGAGGUGGAGCCAGGCAUGCAUGCAGUUCCAGACCAAAUGGACGGGGAUCAGAGACAGGCAGCAGCGAAUCCCUUCGUCGGCCAGGGAACCGCAGACGCUGCUAUGCGAGAUCAUAGGCUAGUUCUGCGCACCCCGGUCAAGCAAAGGCGGAUGAACGAGGAUGGGGAUGGCCAAAUCAUGCGAGAGGAGGAGGAGGGAGACAUUGACUUCUUUGCCAUCACAACUUCAAGCGCAAGUGCCGCAACACAAGGUGUAACUGUUCAAGGUCCUUUGCCGCCACCUUCAAAUAUGCAAAAAGCACCGCUAGCAGCUCAGCCGUCUAGCAGUCAAGUGGGGGCAAGCAUGAUUAGACACCAGCUGGUUUUGCUGUACUUCAUGCUGUCACCGCAAGGGUGCAAAUUUAUGGCCAGACGCACGGACAAUGGGCAACUCGCCAUACCAGCGAUCGCUGUCAGUGCUUCACCGACAACCAAGGAGGCCAUCAAGGGGAUCGCUACAACCUUCAUUGCGGACUGCUUCCCCUUCCGGCUGAUUCCGGGGUUGCGCAUUGGACGAAAGACGACAGCUACAGCAGCGGGAGGAAGUUGGCACUUCUCCAUCGUGAUGCUAGAUGUCAAGGUGGGCCUCGAUGCUGCAGCCUUGCUGACAACACAAGGCGUGGUGUGGCUGUCGUCCACCUGGCUGGCCUCCACCGCAACAGAAGAACUUCAGGACAUCUACCUCACUGACGAUGUCAAUGCCAAGUUUGUGGCAGACUUCUGCAAUAUGCUGGCAACGGACAAACAACCACAUUAUGCAGACUCUUGUUAGCAGCAUGGGGGACACCUCCGGAACCAGAGGCAGCUAGACGAC